CUCCCUGCUCAGACACCGUAAUUAUGCAGAUCCUCUUCCUGCACCUGCCUCUCCAACCCUGGAGAAGCCAGGCUCCCCACCAGCCUCUCACCUGUCCCCGAUCCACAGAAGCUUCUGAGUUAUGCUCACCUGGGAAGCAGACCCAGCCCCCGAAGCAGAGCGCCCCUGCAGUCGACCUUCGGUGCACCAUGGACCCUGUGAAAAUGACCGUGUUGCCCCCACCCACUCGCCACUGUCGCCAUCGAGACUCUUCAGCACGCUGCGCCCACCGCCACGUAGCCUGGGCUCCUGACACUGACAGCGAUGACGAGAAGACCCCACGUCAGCACACAACAAUCUGCUCCCACAACUGGGAUUGCCCCAAGGACUGGGAAGGCUUUCAGUCCACCCAGGGGUUCUGGACUCCCUGGGCCCAGGCUGCCGUGGAGCCACCUACCCAGACCAUCCGCUUCCAGCAAACUGCAGAGGGAAGGCCGCUCAAAAGAGAGAUGCAGUCAGAGCUGGGCCUAGAGGCCUCCGCGUACCCUGAACCCCCGCCCCACAGCCCUCAGGCCCUGAGCCACAAGAACGGUUCAGUGGUGCCCCAAGCAGAACAGGAGCAGUGCUCGCCAGCGCAGCCACCCAUGCUGGGCUCGGCCCACAUCCCAGACAUCCCCCGGCACCACUCCUCAGGGCACGUAGCCUGUAAUGCCAGAGACGUGAGGGGGUGGCUGCGGGAGCUGACCAGGGAGGUGGAGGCCCUGUCCCACUGUUACUCCCCGGUCUCUGGAUCCAGCACGGCUGAGGGGACGGGAAAGGCCUGGGUAUACCGUUCCCUGACAGAGAGGUGACUGGAAGAAGAAUAAAAAGAAGAGAGGAGGUGGUUUGUGGUGGUGUGGGGGGUGCCAGGGCCCACACAACACCCAGAAACCCGGUUGCUAAGGAAAUGAUCUCCCUGGCAACAGGGCCUAG